AACCCAUUAUAAAUAAUAAUGCUGAAAUUGUGAGUAUGUUUUAGAACUUCUGGAGUCCCAUGGCUGAUCGUUUCCAAUAGUACGUAUAGCACAGGCUGCCUUACAUUCACCUGAAAUCAUCAAGCAAAAAUGUGGAGAUCAAAGGCAGGAUUGAUUUUUCGCGCAGUUUCAUCAGCAGUCAAUACCUCUUUUACCUGCAUAGGAACGAAAAAGGUUCGAAUCGCAUCAAUGACACCCCAAAACCAGGUCAUGUCGGCAAUACCCAUUUGUUUAUAUUCUUCUGCUGUGCUUCAUUUUGAAAAUUUUGUCAACCAUAAUGACAGUAAUGAAGAGUCUGAAAAUGUUCUGAACCCUAAUAAUGACAGUAAUGAAGAGUAUGAAAAUGAUCUGAGCCCUAAUGAGAGUAAAGAAGAGCCCUAUGGUUCUGAUGAAUCCCAGAUAAAAAAUACUCCAACCUUAGGCAAUUCUGAAAACUCCAAUUUUUCAGAAAAAAAAAAGAGAGAUAUUGAAAAUGUUGUUAGAUUGCUCAAGGAGAAAUGGGAGGUACAAGAACUGGAACCACAGCUUCAAGCCCUAGAUUUGAGCAUAGGUGGGAGCAUGCUUGUUAAAAUUGUUAAAAACCCAGAUAUUGAUUGUCAGCAAUUCGAUAGAUUUUUUCGUUGGGUUCUUAAACAACCAAAAUAUAUUCCAAGUAGUGGUGUUAUACAUAGCAUUACUACGGCCAUUUGCAAUAAAGGUAGUGGGGAUGGGCUCAACAUAAUGCGAAAGUUGUUUCAAGAACUUGCAGAAAAGCAUAAGGGAGUUGUGACUACAUCAUCAUUGGAUACUUUGAGUGAUUAUCUGUGGCGCGCAAAGAGAGUGACACAGGCUCGUAAGAUCUUCAACCGGUAUGAAGAAUUUAACUGCGAGCGUGGACCUAAAUCCUAUCUUGUCACUUUCAGCGGGCUUUGCAUGGCUUCUAUGUUUGACGAGGCAUUCACUGUUUUGGAAGGGAUGAAAAAGGCUCAUUUUUUCCCAGGAAAUGUAGGGUCAGCUGCUUCUACAAUUGUCAAAGAAUUUUGCAAAAGCAAGAGGCCAAAAGAUGCGCACAUGAUUUACCUGAAACUGAUGGAGAAUGGGAUAUUCCCAGGGAUAGCUUCCCUGAUUUCUCUUGUUGAUUCCCUUUGUAAUGAUGCAGUGAACCCAGAUACUGCUGCUGAAAUUUUACAGACUAUUCCAAGUGGGGAGCGUAGACACAGUUCGAAAGCUUAUUCUACCAUAAUUCGAACAUUCUGCAACAACGAGCAGAUAGAAGAAGCUCAAGCUUUAUUAUCAAAAAUGGUUGCAGAUGGACCCCGUCCUGAUCAUGCAACAUAUAACUCCAUUAUCACUGCUCUCUGUAGAGCCGAGAGACCGGAGGAAGCCAUCUCAUUGCUUGAACAUAUGGCUACCAGACAACUAAAACCUGAUAUAUAUGCCUUCAAUGUAAUCACGGCCAGCUUUUCCAGGGCAGGAAAAAUGGAAGAAGCUUGUGACGUGUAUUCAAAAGCCAAGCAGUCCCAUAUAAAUAAAAUCCCUUUUAUAACAUACAAGAUAUUGAUAGAUGGAUUUUGCAAAUUGGGUGACACUAAAAAGGCUUAUCAGUAUUUCUCUGAGCUUCAGAACAGUGGUCAUUCUCCCAACAGGGAUUUAUACACCAAAUUGAUUAGAGCACAUGUUGUAGAGGCCUUGGAUUGGCAUACUGCGGAGAUGCUAUUACAGGAAAUGGAAAACAGGGGCUUUCAACCUUCACUACACAUUCGAAGCCUCCUUGUUGCUACAAAAGAAUUGAAAGAGGAAGCUUUGCGAGCGUAUGCUGAACAGAUCAAAGGGUAGUACAAAUCCAUGCCAUUUGGUGUAGGGAAUGCCCAUCGUGCCAUUUUUUUGGGGACUCAGCAUGUGAGAAACUCCCUUGUAGGUGAUUUUAUUUUACUUUCAUUCACAUUUUGAAUGUUGGUCAAGUGCAGUACUUUGAUUUCAACACUGUGACCAAACGUUAGCUUUGUCAUCAGGUUGCAACGUUGAGGCCAUUUAUUUCUGGAACGUGGGACAUUCGCAAAGGCCAAUAGUUUUGAGUACAAUGUUAACAUGCCAAGUGAUUGUAACGCACAUAGAAAAACUUAGUGCAAACACAAAUUUUGAGCAAAUGAGUUCAUGUAGCUUGUAUGCUAUUUAUCUUGAAAAGGAGAAAACUAGUCUCAUUCAUAUAUUGAAGCAGGGGCUAUAUAAAUUCAUGUUUGUUAUCCAAGAUGGCUAUAUUUGUUUCUGAUA